GGCCGCCGUUGCCAGAGAAGCCACUAGCCGGUUACUAGCUGAGCUUUUGUUCCACUUGAGAGGGCAUUCUUCCGCGGCAAGCAGGUCUAGGAAUUCGCCUGCUUCCCACCUCGCGUCCCUUGCCUUCCUUCCUACUCUACCCACUGUGGUGCCCCCUGCGUCCCGCUCCCUCCUAGCCAACCCAGAGCACAGGAAGGAUUGCCAGGGUUUCCACUGCAGCAGCCGUGGUGCCUCUGACCCUUUUUAUAGCGCGACGACGGCUUGCUGACGUCACGACGACGUGCGGACGCAGCGGCGGGGGCCUUAUGUGGAGAAGUUGCUGUGAAGCCACCUGUAAAUCCAUUUACUGAAUUUAUGGAGACGGCUAUAAAUGAUGGAAGUCAUUCAGAAGAACUCUUUUCCCAUCUUAAAACUAUAUCAGAGAAAGAAGAUUUACCACGGUGUACCAGUGAAAGUCAUCUCAGCUGCCUGAAGCAGGACAUCCUAAAUGAAAAGACUGAAUUGGAAGCGACACUUAAGGAAGCGGAGUUGGUAACUCGUUCUAUAGAAUUACUUUUGCCACUAUUUAAGGACACCAUUGAAAAGAUUAAUUUUGAAAAUGCGAAUCUUUCUGCAUCGAAUUUGAAGAUUUCCGAACAGAAGGAAAUAUUAACAAAAGAAUUAGACACUUUCAGAAGUGUAAAACUAGCUUUAGAACAUCUUCUUAGAGAGCGAGACUACAAACAAACAGGAGACAAUUUACCCAGCAUGUUGCUAGAAAAUUUAACUGAUAAUGAAAGUGAAAAUACUAAUCUUAAGAAGAAGGUAUUUGAAAAGGAGGCCCAUAUCCAAGAACUUUCUUGUUUGUUUCAGACUGAAAAGGCAAAUACUUUGAAAGCAAACCGUUUUUCUCAAUCAGUAAAAGUAGUACAUGAACGACUACAGAUCCAAAUUCAUAAAAAGGAAGCCGAGAACGAUAAGUUGAAAGAAUACGUAAAGAACUUAGAAACCAAGAUAGCCAAGUGGAGCCUGCAAUUGAGAAUGAAUAAGAAUGAGGCUGUAGUGAUGAAAGAAGCAAGUAGGCGAAUAGCUGUAGCUUUAAAAAAGGCAUCUAAAGUUUACAAACAAAGGCUUGACCAUUUUACAGGAGCUAUUGAAAAACUUACUUCCCAAAUUAGAGAUCAGGAAGCCAAGUUAUCUGAAACAAUUUCAACUUCCAAUGCCUGGAAAAGUCAUUAUGAGAAAAUUGUAAUAGAAAAAACUGAAUUGGAAGUACAGAUUGAAACAAUGAAAAAGCAAAUCAUCAGUCUUUUGGAAGCUCUGAAGAAAAUGGAAGAUGAUGGAAAAAAUUCAUGUGAAGAAAUUCUUAGGAAAAUUCACUCAAUUGAAUAUGAAAAUGAAACUCUGAAUCUUGAGAAUACAAAAUUAAAGCUUAAAUUUCCAUGUAGAAUUACUGAGUCAAAGAAUAUGAACAUUUUGAAUGUUCUUGAUAUGCUUUGCUACAUUUCUUCUGAAAAGACUACACUUGCUGCUUUGAAGGAUGAAGUUGUUUCUGUUGAAAAUGAACUCUUAGAAUUGCAAGAAGUAGAAAAAAAACAGAAAACUCUUGUUGAAAUGUAUAAAACUCAGGUACAAAAGUUGCAAGAAGCAGCUGAAAUAGUAAAAAGCAGAUGUGAAAAUUUGCUACAUAAAAAUAACCAAAUAACAAAAACCAAAAAUAAAAAUAUAGAGAAGAUGAAAGGCCAGAUGGAGUCUCAUCUGAAGGAGUUAGAGCAUGUCUGCGAUUCCUUGAUGGCAGCUGAACGGAGUCUUCACGAGUGUCAGGAGAGUCUGCAGUGCUGCAAGGGGAAGUGUGCAGACCAGGAACACACCGUUAGGGAGCUUCAGGGCCAGGUUGAUGGAAAUCACAGUCUUCUGACAAAGCUUUCUCUGGAAGAGGAAAACUAUCUUAUUCAGUUGAAGUGUGAAAACCUUCAGCAAAAAUUAGAACAGAUGGACACAGAAAAUAAAGAGCUUGAGAAGAAGCUGGCAAACCAAGAAGAAUGUCUUAAGCACAGCAAUCUUAAGUUUAAAGAGAAAUCUGCAGAAUAUACAGCUUUGGCCAGACAACUGGAAGCCGCUUUAGAAGAAGGAAGACAAAAGGUUGCUGAAGAAAUAGAGAAAAUGUCAUCUAGAGAGAGAGCUUUACAAAUUAAAAUAUUAGAUCUGGAAACUGAGCUUAGAAAGAAAAACGAAGAACAAAAUCAACUUGUUUGCAAAAUGAACAGUGAUCCAGAGAGUCCAUUCAAUCUAUUUUUUUUAUUCCCAAGUGUCUAAAAAGUUGAAAACCUAAAAGAUUCAAGGGUUAAAUGACUUUUGGCAUGCACAAUUUGAUUUUAUUGCCAUCAAAAGUUUCAUGACAACUUAAACAGAACAAAAUGUUGAUCACCUUUAAUUUAGCACAGGCCUUCCAUUUAUUUCAAAACUUUUUUUUUUGUAACUCAUCAUUAGAGUUUCUGACAUUGUAAAAUAUGUGUGCUGUUUUUUGUGUAAUUGAAGCCUCUGAAAAAAUAAAUGAGGUGGGUUUUGCUGUAA